AUGGAAAAUAAUAUCAGAAAUAUUGAAGAGGAAGAAUUGCCGACAUGCGAUAAAUUAUUUAGCCUCGAAUUAUUGGCGUUCAAAUUGAUCGGGUUGGGUUCACUACAAAGUGCAUUUGAAAAAAAUAAUAAAAUUGCUGUAACUUUUUUAGAAAUAUUUCUAUUUUUAUGCGGCUUCGGUGUUUUAAUUGUUCUCGUAUUUAGUGCGUCGUAUACUGUGAGUAUUUUUUUAAGCAUUGACUUAACUCUGGCUUGUGAAAUACUGACAUUUAUAUUUUCUACAACAAUAACUUUGGGCAAGGUAUUGAGAUUGUGGAUCUAUAGGAUGGAUCUGAUUAAAAUACUGAGGGAAUUUAACGACCUGUGGGAGGAAAACGCGAGAAAACGGCAAGAUUUAAAGGAAGAGAUUUAUAAAAUAAUCAAUGAUUCUAAGCCAAUACGUUAUAGUUAUUUUAUUGUCGCUGGUUUGUUGAGUAUGAGUUACGGAAUGCGUCCUUACUUUCUAAUGUUAUGUUAUUUUCUAAAACAAUCUGAAAACAAGACAAUGGAUCUAAAAGAAACGGUUUAUCCAAUAAUUUACCCGAUACCAUCAGGAACAUGGCCAGGUUGGCUCUCAUGCGUGACAUACGAACAAGGAAUAAUUUUCUUUGGAAUGAUAUAUUGGAUUGCUUGUGACACACUAUUUAUUCUACUUACUUCUCACAUUUGUGUCCACUUUAUGAUUAUAUCUAACGACUUAUACAAAUUACACGAUAAUCAUCAUGAAAACAAUAACGAUAACUACAAAUUAAUAGGAGAACUAUCAAGACGUCAUCAGAAAAUGUUUGUAUUAUGUCAAAAAAUCGAAACUCUUUAUAGUCCAAUCGUUUUACUAACAGUAUUAUUUAAUGGCGUCGAUUUAUGUUUUUGUAUUUUUGCACUGGACAAAGAAAUAUCUGAAGGUCAUUGGAUCAAAGUUGCAAGAAGUAUCACACAUGCAUUGACACUGUUUAUUCAAAUAAUUAUUUAUUGUAAUUUUGCGCACAUGGCUACUGAACAAACUAAAACAGUAAGCGACGCCAUCUAUAAUUCGUCAUGGUUAAAUUGCGAUACAAAAAUGAAGAAAAUAAUGGGAAUAAUUAUGAUGCGGGCUAACAAGGAGUAUAAAUUUGCGGCUUAUGGUUUAUUGAUACUCGAUCGUGAACAAAUGACUCGGAUUGUCAAGACAACGAUGAGCUACUUUACACUCCUGAGAAGUUUUUCGUAA